AUGCGGUUAGAAAAGUGUUAUUUUUGCUCCAGCACAGUCUACCCUGGUCAUGGUAUGACAUUCGUCAGAAACGAUAACACAGUAAGUUUUGAGUAUAUCGAUUUUAGGUAUCUCGCUAUUUUUUUAAUGAAUUUUCACCUUUUUUCUUGUGUCUCAUGUAUGUUUUGUGUCUUGUAUUCUAAAAUCAUUAUUUUCUUUUAGGUAUUCAAAUUUUGCCGUGCAAAAUGUAACAAACUGUUCAAGAAGAAGAAGAACCCGAGAAAGUUGAGAUGGACAAAGGCUUCACGCCGACUUCGAGGCAAAGAAUUGACAGACGACACAGUGCUACAGCUGGAGAAACGCCGGAAUGAGCCAACAAAAUACGAACGAGCUUUGUGGAAGGAUGCGAGUAAGUUUUGUUACCUAAAACUUGAUUUACCUUGUUAUUUUAGUCAAUGUGAUGAAAGAAACUCAUGAUGUAAAGCAGAAACGCUAUGCUCACUUGAUCACCACAUCGGUGAAACCCGGAAAACAAAUCACGAAGACAAACAGAUUAGAACAGGCCAAGAAGAAGAGUUAUUUGCUUCGUUCAGCUGCCGCUGACGAGGUUUAUGUACAGGAAGAGGAGAUCAAGCAGGAGGAGAAAGAGAUGGAGACGGCAUGA